AACGGCAUCGCAAGUGGAGGCAGCCAUCGUCAAUGCGGCCAACCCGGCGCCUGGCACGGAGUCCUUCGCGGAUCAGCUCAGGAAGCAGAUGAUGAAGCGUGUUCCCACCAUGGCUACUGGAGAAGAUUUUCCUGGGCCGACACAGAUGUGGGCUGCCCCAGAGACCGAGCCCAUUUCCAGUCAAAUGAUCGCGCCCACCCAGCCCGUCAGCAACGCGCAGGAGGACGUCUUCCUGCCUGGCCCGCCGCAGACGAUCACGGAGCAGGUCAUCAUCGUGGAAGACUCGUCGGGGCACGCCCAGGAGUUCAGAGGGACCCACGGCAAGGCCAAGACGGGGGCGCGUGCGUCAGAGGGCGGCUCCGGGGACACGCCGCCACACAAGUCCAACAUGCUGCCGAGCAUGAAGGGGCUCUGA